UAAAUUACUAAAUAAGUUUUAAAAAUUUUUAUAUUUUAUCGUAAAAUAUAAGCCUUAACUUAGCACGCUCAUUAUGCCUUUAAGAAGGCUUUAGGAUAACUAUUACGCAACAGUCCCCCGGCGUUAAUAUCAACUACUAUUACUACUACAAUCUGAACCGGUUCCUGCCAACAUCGGAUAUGGAUUUAUCGGCGCCAGCAUCCUUAUCUAUUCCUCAAUCGCUAUUUCACAAUCAUUGUAUUGGUAUUUCCACCAUAGGAUGAUAUAUAUGAUGCGCGCGUGUUUAGCAACGGCUAUCUACAUGAAGACUACAGAGGCUCGUGCGGCGGAUGAAGGCGAAAACGCGUCGUUAACAUUGAUGAGCGCUGACAUAGAACGUGUAAUGAGGGGGUCUAAGUUCAUGCAUGAGCUUUGGUCAAAUAUAAUUGAGGUUACUCUUGCUGCUUGGUUACUAUACGGCUUGCUCGGCGCUGCUUUUGUAGCGCCCAUAGUGGUUGUUUUAGUAUGCGUUAUCGGUACAUCUUCCUUCAUGAGAUUCAUGGACGAAUCGCAAAAAAGAUGGAUGGUCGGUGUUCAGAAGCGUGUGGGGCUUACCUCUGGUGUUAUCGGCAACAUGAAAAAUAUAAAGAUCUCUGGCCUCACGAAUCCCAUCGCCCGCUUCAUCGAAAAUCUUCGAGUAGACGAGUUACGAGCAGGGUCAAAUUUCCGAUCGCUAAUUUUGAUGUCCGCAGUCUUUGCUUAUAUACCACUCCUCCUAUCCCCAGCGAUAACCUUCGGGGUGGCUCAACGAAGCAUGGAUGCUACAAAAUUGUUCACUUCGUUAUCUUACCUAUUACUCAUGUCAAACCCCCUUAAAAACUUACUGGAAACAUUACCUCUGAUGGCCGCAGCAGUCGCUUGCCUAAGCCGUAUAGAGAAAUACUUAAAGAGUGAGGAACGUGACGAUUACCGCGUCUUUACUGCUGGGUCGAUAAGGGACACGGAAAAGACACCCCUUGAUCAAUCUGACAAGUCUCCGGUAGUCACGAUAAAGAACGGCAGUUUCGGUUGGAAGAUUAACAAUAUGGUCCUAAAAAAUCUCGAUAUCGAAAUCCCUAGAGGUUCUCUUACGAUGGUUGUUGGACCGAUUGCGUCAGGGAAGUCGACACUGUGUAGAACGCUCCUGGGGGAGAUACCUCAUAAUCAAGGAACAGUAGCAAUGGCUACCAAGCUUUCACGUGUUGGAUAUUGCGAUCAAACACCAUUCCUAUCGAACGGCAGUAUCAGAGAUAACAUCAUAGGUUAUUCGCCAUUUGAUGCGCAACGUUAUGCCGAAGUUCUUGACGUAACCCUACUUAAUACUGACUUCGAAACAUUGCCACAGGCAGAUAGGACUAAUAUUGGAAGCAACGGCAUAACUCUUUCCGGAGGACAGAAGCAACGUGUCUCACUAGCAAGAUGUCUUUACUUACAGUCUGACCUUUUGAUAAUGGACGAUAUUUUCAGCGGUUUAGAUGCGGAUACUGAAGACCAAGUUUUUCAACGUGUGUUUGGGGUAAAUGGAAUACUGAAACGACGACAAGCCACGGCCGUCUUAUGCACACAUUCCGUUCGCCAUCUUCCGUCCGCCGCGCACGUUAUCGCUCUAAGCACAGAUGGUACCGUUGUCGAGCAAGGGACCUUCGGCGAUCUCCUUGCUAAUCAAAGCUAUAUCCAUAGUCUUGGCGUCAAGCCCUCAUCGACCAGCCAUGCUUCCAGCGAAAUUAUUGAGUCUGACGACACUAUUGAACCUCAACAAAACUUAUUAGAUCGAAUACACACGGAAACUCCCGAACUGGGAGGAAACGACGAAGCGCGACUUAGUGGUGAUACAUCAGUAUAUAUGGUGUACGUGAAAAGCAUGGGAACAAUGCUCGCCGUUGCAUUAUUCAUUUUCGGGGUUCUUUUCGGCUUCUUCUACAAUUUCCCGACAAUAUGGCUCACAUACUGGUCAGCUGAUGCCAUUGCUACCAAUCCCUCGCACUCAUUCGGAUACUAUGCAGGGAUCUACGCUCUACUCGGAGUUUGCGCCAUCGUAUCACUAUUAUGUCUUGGCACUUUACUCUACAUAAAUGUGAUUACUCGAUCCGGGGUCUCCCUCCAUCACCACGCCCUACGAACCCUUAUACACGCCCCUCUCAAGUUAUUUACCACUACUGAUCAAGGCAUCAUCACGAACCUAUUUUCUCAGGAUCUAAGCCUCAUCGAUAACGAGCUCCCUAGCGCCCUCACAAAUGUUAUAUAUACGGUAUUCGUUGGCAUAGGUCAGGCUGCCGUCAUCGCUUCAUCAUCGCCAUACCUAGCAAUCAGUUAUCCAUUCCUGUUUGGUAUGUUAUAUGUAGUUCAGAAGUUUUAUCUUCGAACUUCAAGGCAGUUGAGGUUGUUAGACUUAGAAGCGAAGAGCCCGCUAUACACUCAUUUCCUUGACACUUCGAAGGGCAUCGUGACACUUCGCGCCUUUGGGUUCAUCGGCGAGGAUCGUGCAAAGAACGUCUUCCUCUUGGAUACAUCGCAGCGACCUGCGUAUCUUCUGACUAUGGUCCAGCAAUGGCUGAACUUUGUUCUUAAUGUUGUCGUCGCUAUUCUCGCUGUCAUGCUCACCUCGCUCGCCGUCCGACUCCGUUCCAACUCCGGGUUCACCGGCGCGUCCUUGGUAACGCUGAUGUCAUUCGGGGAAAUGCUAUCUGGCGUAGUCAUUUAUUACACGGCUCUCGAGACUUCCCUCGGUGCUAUCAGCCGGCUCAAAGCUUUCGAUAAAACUGCGGAAACGGAGGUCAAGGACGAAGAAGAUAUCAUACCACCGGAGGAAUGGCCACAACGGGGUGAGAUUGUGCUAAACGGUGUGUCAGCUAGUUACGACAACGAGGUCGAAACCGAGAUGCCGACCUUAGCCUUGAAAAAUAUUAAACUUAAAAUACGCCCCGGGGAGAAAGUGGCAAUUUGUGGACGUACCGGAAGUGGGAAAUCGUCCCUAGUUGCCCUUCUACUCAAACUUCUCGAUCCGAUCAAGGAGACAUGCGAUGGUGUUGACAUUGACAAUACGCCACUCAAUCGUAUAGAUCGCGCCACACUUCGCCAACGUAUUAUCGCCAUACCUCAGGAUGUCGUCUUCCUCCCGGAUGGAUCGACAUUCCAAGAAAAUCUCGACCCUUUUAAUGUCUCCACCACCGCAGAUGCUCAGGCCGUUCUCGAAGCGGUGGGUCUCUGGAACUUCAUCCGUGAUAAAGGUGGCCUCGAGGAGGGCAUGUCGGUAAGUAACUUUAGUCAAGGCCAGCGACAGCUAUUCUCUCUUGCCCGAGCGGUUCUUCGCAGACGCAUUCGUGCGCGUAGCCUCGGGUUCGGUGGGGGCGGAUCCGAGGGCGGGGUUCUACUUCUUGACGAGGUCAGCUCAAGCGUCGAUCGGGAGACAGAGAAGACGAUGCAGGAAGUGAUUCGCGUCGAGUUUAAGGAGUAUACGGUUGUCGCAGUAAGUCAUCGCUUAGAUAUGAUUAUGGAUUACAAUCGCGUCGUUGUCAUGGAGAAGGGCGAGAUUGCCGAGGAGGGUAACCCUGCGCUGCUAGUCAAGGAACCGGGAACUAGAUUCGGAGAAUUGUGGAACGUCAGCGGGAACUAAAUUUGCUUGGCGACCUCGAUAAAACGUGCAUGAUGAGGGUCAACUUUGUUAGUAUACCAACCUAGGACCUGGUUAUUUAGCAAAAUAAUAUCCUGCAAAUGUAAACAAUACUCACCGGUAGGUAGUCGUCGAAAUCGCGUCGCAAGAAUAGAUGUAGACGCGACCGAGCAAAAUGAAUAAGUAAUGAGUAAGUGUAAUCAAGUGCAUUCUUCUCCACGUCCUCAAUUGAAUGAAGAUUGUG